ACCAAACUCAUCAAACUUUCCCUUACUUCUGAAAUGUUGAAAAAGAUCAAGGAUAAUGCGAUUUUAUUGGCACCCUUUGUUUUGGGAAACCUAACAUCGAAUUUUUUUCCCCAAUUUUAUUAGGCCUCCCAAAAAAUUAAUUAAUUUUACUUUAUUUAGGAGAUAUUUUUGUGAUACUUGUAGUGUAUUUUUGGUGUCUAGAGAAAACUUCACACCUUUUAUCAUGGUGCUUGAAGAAACCCGGAACGGACGCCAAAACAAGUUUUCAAUUUUAUUUGAGUUCAUCCAUAGAUCCGACAAAAACAUAAAACAUUCCUUUUAAUUUCUUUCGUCUUCCCGUUCUGCUUUCAGCCAUUACCGACCAGUCGAAGCUCAAUCUGUGGAGCAGUGUUUAAGAAGCAAAAUUCGCAUAUAAAAAAAUCCACAAAAGGGAUACUGGUUUUACUAGAGAGCACAUGGAAAACAUGGAUGAUUCAACAUUGGCUAGAGAAUCAGACCUUAACUUUGCAGUUGAUAACGUAGAAAAGGCUUAUUGUUAUGCUGAUGAAAAGAGCUUUGAAAAAAGGGAUUGUUUCAAUGAGGAUCUGAUCCAACAUGAGCAACAGAGUCCCCCCUCAAUCCAUGCAGAUGUAGAUUUCAAAUAUGAAAUUUCAGAAUCUCUUCCGGAAAAAUCUUGCCCUGUCCCAACUGAAUCUGAUCAAGACAGUGCCAUUGAAACAAAAUUUGCCCAUGAGCGAGAGAGGACUGAGUCUCCAUUCAAGGACAAUAACCAUUACCAAGGUGAGAUGGAUGAGUUGCAUGGCAGUAAUUUUCUUAAUCCCUCCUCUCAAUCUAAGUCGCAAACUUUCCAUAUUGAAAUGGGAACUGAAGAUUCUGCUCAUUCACAGGAGUCUCCUCUGACAGAACGUGCAAACCAGGGAGUGGGAGAGGAUGAUUCUAACAUGGGUAGGCCUACUGCUGUACCUCAUGCUGGAAGAGCGAAAAUGAUUUAUUCCGAGAGGUCACAAUAUGAAUCAGUUAAGUCUUCCAUUCAUGAAGUAGAAAGGGAAGCUAGUGAUCAAUGGAAAGAGCAAUUGUUAUCAUCUCCUAGGUUGCACAGGUGGGAUAAUGAAAAUAAGAAUGAUGAGUCGCCAGGUCAGAACAAUAACCCAGGCAUCGGCAAUUCUGAUAUUCAAUCUCUCGGAAGAAUCGCCAGAGGAUCAAUAUCUCCUAGAAUAAAAAGACAAAUGUCACUUUCGCCUGAAGACUCUCCAUCAUGCCACUUGCCUAAUAACCGUGAGCAUUUGCCUUCUCAUCAAGGUUCUCAAGACCAAUCACUUGCACCAAGAUCACAUAGCCAACAUAUUUCUUCACCCGAUCAUUAUCUCCCGCCUACACAGGGCAUUCGACAAUUUUCCCACCACAGGGAUAGUUCUGCUCUGAAGCACAUAUCUGCAUCUCCAAGGUUGCAUGCCUCACCCCCAAGGUCGUAUCACUCACCUCGAAGGUCCCGUCGCUCACCCCCAAGGUCCCAUCACUCACAAUCAAAUUAUGGGAGAAGGGACAGAUUGGAGUCACGAUCACCCAUUCGGCAUAGAGAUUCUUUUGGUUUCCAGAGGGCUUAUCGUGAGAGAUCUCGAUCAAGGUCCCCAUAUUCAAGAGCUCAUCAUAGAUCGACAAGGUUAACUUCUAUAGCCUCUGUGUUAUCUUAUGUUCAAAUUCUACUAGUAUCAGUUUCAAAUGGCAACAAUUUAAUAAUUUGAACAAGUUGUAAGACAUCUGAAAGUGAAAGUUUUGGUUUAUCUCUUUCAUUUGUUCCUCCCAUCCAAUGACCAACUCAGCAAUUAGAAAACUGCAUUUUUG